UAAACUUGGAUUUUUAAUACAAAAAUCUUACUGUUUGUAAAGAAAAGUUAAGUAAGUUAAUUAAUGAUGUUGUAAUUUCAGUAUCUUACUCAUUUCUGGAUAUAUUGACAUCAAACCACCUCUCAUCUGUCCAGGCGCCUCAUUUAUGAAACUGUGCGUAGAAACCUCACUAAAAGUGUCCGUGCGCCCAAACUUCAAAAAAUACUCUAAGACUUCUAAAACCGUGCGUACGCAAUCUGUGUGAAAUGUGGCCCCUGUGAGGGAGCUCCAUGUCCGAGCCUCCAAACGGCCACAGCUGCCUGUAGACGCUCAGUGAAGCUCCUUAAUAUUAAUCUGUCCUGACUGCAGGAAGAAAAGGAGGCAGACUCUGAAAACUGAAUCUAACUCAGUGAUGCUGACGUUCAUUUUGAAGCUGUUUGGUGGUAAAAAACACACUUUCACUAACGCUUGUGCACUGGAGGAAAGGGGGCCCUUUACAACCAAUCUGCAGAGAGAGGCCUCCCUCCUCAUUCCACUUGUGUUUAAACAUUUAUUUACACAAACCGUCCGCUCACUCAACGAGGCGGCCGACCAGUUAAAAAAAAAAAAAUGACUUGUUGUUUUCCAUAACGUGUUUUUACAAGCAGCGCGUCACAUCCACACGCUGGCGCUCAGCGUUUGGUUCCAUAAGGAAACAAAAUAUGAAACUCUGUUCUCCUAUUUGCUCGACUGAUGCACUCAAAACAGUUUAAAUGUAAUUUGUCUCCUGUUCACCUUAUUUAGGAGAAUAAAUUAAGUAUUAAUUAAUAUGACUCCUGAUUAAACUGUCCAACAUGUAUAACGUUCUUUUGCAGAAACAGAAUCUCCGUUUGUGUUUCUGAUCCUGAAUCUGGAUCUUUUUGUGGCUGCAAAUGAUCUUAAUGAUGAUUUUUUUGCCACUUCAGAGAAAAUCUGUCAAACGGCUGUUUGUGUAUUCAGAAAGGCUUUAAGCCUGGAAUACUCAGAGGGAAUAUUUGGAUUUAUUUUACACAGCAGUAGGCCUCUUCAUUUCAAACCGUUUCAUCCUUCUGCCAUGUGAGGCGCUGUUUCUCUUCUCGUACGCAUGAUUCAGAGUUUACUUACAGGACGCACAGGUCUGGUUUUAAAGAUCACAACCUUUGCUUGGGAAGUGGCGUCCGCACGUUUCCAGCCCUGUUUAGUUCGUACGCACCGUUUAGAAAUGAGGGUCCUGGACAUCCUCUUACAGAUUUUACAGCUGCCAGUUGUUUUUUAUAAUGUUCAAAUGUUUUUAUUAAAGGAGUGUACGUUGAAAGACAUGACGGGAUUUAUUGUUUUUGUUUUUUUCCAUGGCAUCAAAAUUGAUUAUCGUGGAAUUUUACUGGUGUUGGUUUCGACUCUCUGGUAUCGUGACGUCCCUAAACCUGUUAAGAUUUAGUGUGAAGUCUGGAUUUGGAACACAAUCCUGCACCCCAAGCAGACUCUCUGCAGGUCCGCAGAAAGUCUUGCUGAUCUGUGGAUUUGGACAAACUCGGGUUCGGUCUGCGCUGAAGAACCCUCCAGAGGGCAUGGAGACCACGACCCCGCCCAGCUCGUGGCGCUGGUUCCACCUGAUGGAGGAGGCCAUGAGUGGCCGCCUUGCCGGGACAGCCAACAUCAUCCAGCCCUCCCUGCUGGACGAGGACGAGGACAACAACGCGGCCCUGCCUCCGCUCAUUAUUCCCAACAUGGGAGGAGCUUUUUCUGGACUAGUUGGAACGGGAACCCUGGAGGGUGCCGGGACGCCGCAGGAGGUCCUGGAUCUAAGUGAAAUCGAAUCAUGUGGGAAAGUUGAGGCAGUGAGCAGAACUGAAUCUCCUGCAGAGGUUGUUGCAGCCGAAGGACACACGAGACGCCCCGAGUGCGAGCUGAGCCAGCCGGCUGCACUGUACGUCACCUUACUGCCGGACCGCACCAACGAGACGCCGUCCUCCUCCAGAAACAUCGUCAGGGAGGCGUCCGAGGUCGAUAGGAAGCUGGCUGAGCUGCAGACGGAGAGGCGGGCUCUGGAGAGAGAGCAGGCCGAGUUCGACAGAGAGCUGAUCGCUUUAGAAAGAGACAGAGAGCUGCUGAGCAGAGACAUGGCCACUCUCGAGCGAGACAGAACCGCUAUAGACAGAGACCGGGCGGCUGUGGAGAGAGACCGGGCGGCCGUGGAGAGAGACCGGGUGUUUCUGGAUCGAGACCGAGCCUUCCUGGACAGAGACAGAGCUUUUCUGGAGAGAGACCGGGUGUUUCUAGAGAGAGCCAGGGAGGAUUUAGAGAGAGCCAGAGCGCUGCUGAGGAGAGAGAGGGCCGUCCUGGAGAGGGAGGGGGCGGCUGUGGACGGACAUCAGGCUGAGAUGACGGCGGAGAAGGAAGUGGUACUACAGACCCGGUUCUACCAGAGCCUGAUGGCUGGAGACCUGGAUCCAGAUCAGCUGGAGACCAGACAGAGACUGGUUUCUUUGUUCCAGAGGCUUGUUGAAAAACUGUGAGCGGAGGAAGUAUUGUUCUGUCGUAUGGCUCGAUUUCAGGUGAUAAAAGGAACUGUUCUCUAUUCCUGGCAGUUUGUUGUUCCUGUUUGCGGCGCUCCUCACGUGUUAAUAAAGACUCUGUGUUCGUCUGCUUUGGUGCAGAAACCUCGA